AUGGCCGAGGUACUCCGAUUUUCCGUGUGGGAUUAUGUCGUGUUCGGCGUCAUGCUCGUGCUUUCGGCAGCAAUCGGCGUUUAUUCGGCAUUUACCGACGGACGACAACGAACCUCUGAAGAAAUAAUCCUGGGCAAUCGCAAGUUGAAUCCCAUCCCCGUGGGACUUUCGAUCAUGGCUACGCUUAUCUCUGCUGUAGCAAUCAUUGGGACACCAGGCGAGAUCUAUAGCUACAACACGAUGUUGAUGUGGGGCUUGGUAGCCUAUGUUCCUGCUUGCAUCCUCGUAGCGCUUCUAUUCCUACCGUUGUACUUUCGAAUUCAAAUUACCAGCGUUAACGAGUAUUUGGAGUUCCGAUUCAACAGAGCAUUGAGGGUUCUCGCCACCUGUAGCCUGUUAUUGUCAACCGGACUCUAUAUGGGAAUAGCUACCUAUGCCCCAGCUGUUGCGAUAAGUGCAGUUACUGGAAUGAGUUUGUGGGCAAGUAUAUUAACGACAGGAGCAGCAUGCACAUUCUAUACUUCGUUGGGUGGGAUAAAGGCAAUAAUUUGGACGGACACAAUGCAGUCGGUAAUCAUGAUUGCUGGCGUUGUUGCAGUGAUUGUCAAGGGAACUUUUGAUAUCGGUAGCAUUGAUGAAGUCUGGAGACGCGGGGUGGAAGGAAAGAGAAUACGAUUUCUCGAGCUUAACCCGGAUCCUACUAUUAUAUACUCUGUCUGGACUGUUCUGAUUGGAUUGUCAGUAGGUCAGGCGAGACUUGGUAUUACUCAGAUCAUGGCCCAGCGGUUGAUCUCCUGCGGUAACCGGACUAAAGCCGCUCAAGCACUCUUCAUAUCGACCAUUGGCUAUUGCGUCCUCAUGCUAUUGAUGGAGAUAUCAGGUGUAGUGAUGUACGCAUAUUACUACGGAUGUGACCCCCUUACUUCAGGCAGGGUUCAGUCUCAGGAUCAGAUAAUGCCCUUGAUGGUAAUGGAACUGUUUAGAGACAUGCCAGGGAUACCUGGAUUAUUCUUAUCAGCUGUGGCCGCCGGUUCACUAAGUACUCUGUCGUCUGGAAUGAAUGCUCUGGCGACAGUGACUGCUGAGGAUAUCAUAAAACCUUUAUUUCCAAAAAUGAAACCAGAUCAUUACGCAAGGCUUCUUAAAGGAUUGACUAUAUUUCAAGGCGGAACAACACUUAUAUUUGCCUAUCUAACAGGACUGUUAGGUACAGGUAUCGUACAGGUCUCCUUUUCCGUGGCUGGUAUACCCGUUGGAUCGCUCCUUGGGGUCUUUCUCCUGGGAGUAUAUUUCCACAGAUGUAAUGGAAAGGGUGCUUUGGCGGGCUUCCUGGGGAGUAUAAUGUUCGUUUGUUGGAUGAGGAUUGGGGCCAUCUUUUACCCCAAUAUCAGAGGAAGAAGCCCGGUUUCAAUCGAUGAUUGUCCCUCUCUUAACGAAUCCACGACAGAACUUUACACCACUCUGGGGCCUGAGUUCAUGACCUUAUCAUCUGACCCAAUGCAGAGUGCAGCAACCACGGUGGUUCCAGAAGAACCAUCAGGCUUGGUCCACCUCUACCACGUAUCAUUCUACUAUUACUACCCUAUUGCACUUAUCCUGACGAUUGUAAUAGCCAUGGUAGUAAGUGCAAUUACAGGUUUCCAAGAUCCUUCCACCAUCGAUCCGAAUCUGAUAGAGCAUUUUACAGAUGCCCUCUUUUGGUACUUACCGGAAUCCAUGAAGUUUAGAAUGCGCUGUGGAAGACCUCCUAUCAAACGAGAUUCUCCACCUCCAUGGGAAAUCAAAGAAGCACAUACCAAAGAAGCUACGGCAAAUGGAACAGAAAUGAAAGAAAUCAACGGACAAUGA